CACGUACAUGAAACGCGAGAUUCGUCGCUAAAUAUGGGUAUGGAAAUGAAGGAAGCUGUGGCUGAAAAAAUACAAACGCAAGGGUACGGAGAAGGCAUUCAGAGAUCGGAGGAGAGUGGUACAGGAACCAAACGGAUAAGGGAAAGUGAAGAAGGGAACCGUGAACCUAAGGAUGAUGCUGAGAAAAAUCUACGAGCGAGGAAAAUUGAAGAUUUGCAAAAAGAAUUGAAAGAAAACGGAGACGAUAGUCAUGAAAGAACGGAGACUGGAGAAAGUGAAGGGCUUAAAACGGAAAGGAGUAAAAAGCAAAGAAAAUUAGAUGACAGUGGUGUUCUGUACUCCGUUGAGGACAAUCCACCAUGGCAUUUAUGUAUUCUUCUUGGAUUUCAGCACUAUGUGACGGCUGUUGGUGACAUAAUUUCUGUUCCCCUGAUGUUGGCAGAGUAUUUCUGUAUGGACCAAGACGUUGUUGGAAUCAGCGAGCUAAUAGGGACUAUACUUUUCGUGUCUGGCCUUGCUACAUUGUUGCAAAGCACAUUAGGUGUGAGACUUCCAAUUGUUCAAGGAGGUACUGUCACAUUCGUUAUACCCACAAUUGCCAUUCUGCUUCAACCGCAAUGGGAGUGUCCGUAUGUAACAGCUAGAAACCAAUAUGGACCGUCGUUAAACAUAACUGAGGUUGGAUUACCGGAAGUCGGAAGUGAUGAACACCGCGAAAUGUGGAUGUCCCGGAUACGUGAAAUACAGGGAGCAAUUAUAGUUGCUUCCCUUUUCCAAGUGCUAACGGGGGCUAGUGGCAUAUUGACGUAUAUGCUGAAGUAUAUAGGACCUUUGUGUAUUGUACCAAUCAUAACGUUGACAGGAAUUUCGUUGUUUCCGGCUGGUUCUAAAAUGGCGUCUGGUCACUGGUGGAUUGCUGUACUUACUAUGUUCCUCAUAACAUUGUUCAGCCAGUACAUGAAACGAAUCGAAAUUCCAUGUUUCUGUACGAAAGAUCGAGUAGCCUUCUUUACGUUGUUUCCGGUUCUUCUGGGAGUAAUGACAUCUUUUAUCGUGUGUGUCAUUUUGACUGCAACGGACGUCCUUCCCAGCGAUCAGUCUAAAUGGGGACAUCUUGCACGUACGGACACAAAUAUACACGUGCUAAAAGAGUCGAAAUGGUUUCGAUUUCCUUAUCCUGGCCAGUGGGGCUUACCUACAGUCAGUACUGUGGGUGUAUUUGGAAUGCUUGCUGGCGUUAUUGCCGCCAUGAUAGAAUCAAUUGGAGACUACUACGCAUGUGCAAGGCUGGCAGGUGCUCCUCCGCCGCCAUUACAUGCAGUCAACAGAGGAGUAUUUACGGAAGGGAUUGCUUGCGUCCUUGCUGGGGUAUGGGGAUCUGGAAACGGUACGACUUCUUAUGCUGAAAAUAUAGGUGUACUUGGCAUAACAAAAGUAGGUAGCAGACGUGUUGUUCAAAUAGGCGGGUUGAUGAUGUUGAUCCUUGGGUGUUUCGGAAAGUUCGCUGCACUGUUUACCUUGAUACCUACACCAGUAAUUGGAGGGAUGUUCAUGAUAACAUUCGGAAUGGUAACCGCUGUAGGGUUAUCCAAUCUUCAAUAUAUUGAUCUAAACUCACCACGAAAUCUUUUCAUUUUAGGGGUUUCUUUAUUCUUUGGUCUCAGUCUACCUAUGUGGAUUGCCGAAAAUGACGUCAUCAAUACCGGAAAUGACAUCAUAGAUCAAUUAUUAUCGGUUCUCUUGAGUACUAGCAUGUUUGUCGGAGGCCUUGUCGGUUUUAUCCUAGAUAAUACAAUCUCGGGAACAGAUGAAGAAAGGGGAAUUCACUCAUGGAGACAGGCGCCAUUGACGGUAAAAUCAGAACCAUCCCUAGCAAAUAAUGAUCUUUAUAAUUUCCCUUAUGUUCAACUUUACUUGGAUAAGAUUAAAUUGUUCAACUAUGUCCCUGUGUGUCCUAGGUUCUUAGCAAAGCCUGUAAUUGCGGAUAACAUCUAUGUUGACGAGGACAUACAAGAGAUCACAGAGUGAUCUUGGCGCCCACCAAUGUGCCAUUUUUGAGUGUUCCAAAUUUCAAGACUUACUGACUAGCUCAAGGUCAAAUUUCAUUUCCGUACACAACACUGUGCAUGUGGUCCAAAUUCGAAAGCUAA